AUGAAUUUCAGCUUACCUGAUGCUCUUGCCUUAAUUAAAGAGGGGCGGGCCAAUGAGGCGGUUGAUUAGUUGAAUAAAUUUAUUGAAUGCUUGUAGCCUCUGAGUCCUUAGACCUAAUUGUUGGGAUAGCAACUUGGAAUUGAUUGUGACUUUUUCAGGAUUGUUAAAUUUCAGGAUUUUUAUGAUCCUGAUCCGUAGGUUUAGGCUUUACGAUUUAAAUACUAUGCAUACAAAGUAGCAAAAUGGGGAUAUUAGAUAAUUUAAUAAAAAAGAAAAGUGAAACGAAGACAUGAUUUAAUUGAGAAAUCAGAAUCGUUAGGUAUCUAGAAUGAAAUAGGAAGAACAUUUGGGGUCGAUGCGGAGUCAAAGCAAUUGGCUGAGUCUCGUUUGCAAUCAAUAUCCGAGAAAUUAUAGAAGAAGAAACAGAUAUUCUAAAAGUAAUUGCUCUGCUAAUUGGAUAUUGAAAAGAAACGAACUGACUACAAACUUCAAUAGGAGGAUAAGAUAGAGAAAGUAAGAAAAGCUUUAAAAACAGAUUAUGAUAACAAAAUUGUUGCUGUAAAAGAUCAUCUAGAGAAAGUCAAUGAGAAAUUAAAAAAUAAUCACAGAAUGAAGAAGAAGAUGGAGGAUGAAUUGAUAAACAAAAGAGGUGAAUUACUAAAAAAUGCUUCCUUGAUAGAUGAAAAAAUAAAUAAAUUGGAGGAAAUGAGGAAGGAAUAGAUUGAACAUAUGAAAUAGGCAAGAUCAAUUAAAAAAUAAAGGUAGCAUUCUUUUCAAGAGAAAUAGAAUUAGAAAUAUGAGGAAUAUUUGGAGAGGAUGAAAUAGAAGCUAGAUUAGAAAAGGGUUGUUGAAUUUCAUUCUGAAAGUCAUAAAGAUUUUGGUAAAAGACAAGUUUAUGAUAAUUAUGAAAAGAAUCUUGAAAAUAUAAUCGUUAAAUAUUAGAAAUCAUAACCAAUAAUAAAUAGUUUACUCGCCAAAUCAAUUGAGUAAGUUCAAUAAAAAAAGUAAAUUGAGAUUGAAAAAUUUUAAAAAGUGAAAUCUAAUUAAAAAUUGCAUUUGAGUACUCCAAGAAUAGAACCUAGGAAAGCGGAUGAUGUCUUAGAAAGGAAGGAGAGAAAAUUGUAGGAGGAAACUAUUUUGAGAAGAGAAACUUAUUAAUAAAGAGUUUUGAAUUUUCUUUAAAAUCGUUAACAAUUAUAGAGAUUACAAUCUCAAUAGAUUGAGAGAUAUAAUGAAUUUUAUACUAGAUAGAGUGCGAGAUUGAAAAAUAUGAGGAAUUCUCAUGAAUAAAUGAAAUCUACUGUAAAUUUUGCCUUAAUGCAAGCCAAUAGGAUUGAAGAGUAAACAGCAUUAAAGAUAUCGAGGGCAAUUUAAUUAAUUAAUGAUCCUGAUUUACAGAUGUAGUUUAAACCAAAUGAAAAAUUAAAUACUCAAUAGAAGGUAGCAAAGAAAAAAUAAGAAGAAAUGUAAUAAUUACUAAAAUCAUUUGUGACAAGUGAAGUUGAUUUGUUAAGAUUUUCUAAAUCUGUAACUGAAGUUAAAAAUGAAGAAAAUUAAUAAUAAAAAUGA